GGAGCCGCCUGCUGGAGCCAGGACUUCCCCGGGAUCCUGCCCCCGGGCGCUGUGCCGCCAAGAAUCCCUGCUGCGGGACUGUAGUUCAACCAGGAUGUCCAAUUGCCGCGAAUUCCGUGCCGGGAGACCUCGAAGGGGAUCCCCCUGCCCGUGCGCAGGUGUCGCAGGGCCCCGCUGAGGCUGCGACCGGGGGCGGCUAGAGGACACCAGGGCGGACAGCGAACACUGCAAGACGAGACAUUACAAGUGACGUGACCCACGCAGAGUUACACAAGCGUGUCUGACACGUGGCGUGUCCAGUAAAUGCCUAAAACUGAGAGAGAAAUCCGAGAAGGCUGCCGUAGGAGAAUGGAUUCUGGAGCAGCCGCUUCAAGUGGGGGUGGAAAACUGCAUGCACUGGAAAAGAAUUCAUUGGUUGUCCUUGUGGUCACUCCAGGAUGUAACCAGCUUCCUUCUUUGGAGUCACUGGAAAAUUACACUCUGACCAUAAAUGAUGAUCAUUGUUUCCUCCUGUCUGAGACUGUCUGGGGAGCUCUCCGAGGUCUGGAGACUUUUAGCCAACUUGUUUGGAGAUCUCCGGAGGGCAUGUUCCUUAUCAACAAGACCGAGAUUGAAGAUUUCCCCCGCUUCUCCCACCGGGGGUUGUUGUUGGAUACGUCUCGCCAUUACCUGCCACUGACUACCAUCAUGGACACUCUGGACGCCAUGGCAUACAAUAAAUUCAAUGUGUUCCACUGGCAUCUGGUUGAUGACUCUUCCUUCCCAUAUGACAGCUACACUUUUCCAGAGCUCACCAGAAAGGGAUCCUACAAUCCUGCCACCCAUAUCUACACAGCACAGGAUGUAAAGAUGGUGAUUGAAUAUGCACGGCUUCGGGGUAUCCGUGUGUUGGCAGAGUUUGACACUCCUGGCCACACUCUGUCCUGGGGACCAGGUGUCCCUGGAUUAUUGACUCCUUGCUACUCUGGGUCUCAUCCUUCUGGCACCUUUGGACCAGUGAAUCCCAUUCUCAACAGUACCUAUGAAUUCAUGAGCUCGUUUUUCUUGGAGGUCAGCUCUGUCUUUCCAGAUUUUUAUCUUCACCUUGGAGGAGAUGAGGUUGAUUUCACCUGCUGGAAGUCCAACCCAGAUAUCCAGAACUUUAUGAAGGAAAAAGGCUUUGGCAGUGACUUUAAGCAGCUGGAGUCCUACUACAUCCAGACGCUGCUGAACAUCGUCUCUGCCUAUGACAAGGGCUAUGUGGUGUGGCAGGAAGUGUUUGAUAAUAAAGUAAAGGUUCGGCCGGAUACAAUCAUUCAGGUAUGGCGAGAAGAGAUGCCAGUACACUAUGUGAAGGAGAUGGAGCUGAUCACCAAAGCUGGCUUCCGUGCCCUGCUCUCUGCCCCCUGGUACCUGAAUCACAUAACUUAUGGCCCUGACUGGAGUGAAAUCUACAUGGUGGAGCCCCUGGAAUUUAAAGGAAGUCCUCAGCAGAAGGCUCUAGUGAUUGGUGGAGAGGCCUGUAUGUGGGGAGAGUAUGUGGACAGCACAAAUCUGGCCCCCAGACUCUGGCCCAGAGCAGGGGCUGUGGCUGAGAGGCUGUGGAGCAACAAGUUGGUGACUAACCUGGACUCUGCCUUUAAACGUUUGACACAAUUCCGCUGUGAGCUACUAAGGCGAGGUGUCCAGGCCCAGCCCCUCAAUGUAGGCUACUGUGAACAGGAGUUUGAACAAACCUGAGCAAGCAGCCCCAGGCACUGAGGAGGGUGCUGGCCCUAGGAGAGCAGUAAUGGGGCCAGGCUUCCACUGCAUCCCGCCCGGGGGACGGAGCCCCUUGCUCACGUGCCCCUGUCCAUGGAGAGAAGGGGGCCAGUGUUGGCACUAGCAUCCAAUAAAGAGUGAUGUGGCAUAUUUCCAUAAUGAACAUGGAUUACCUGUGUGAGAGAAAUGUGAAUGGCCCUGGGGUAGGGAGCUACCUGCACUGGCCUUCUGCUCCUGAGAGCGAUAGGGCACAGCAGCCCCGGGCGCCAGGCUGGCCUCAGUGUCUGCCCCUGGACUGGGAAUGAGACCCUGUGCAGCCUGUGAGUUCUGUGAUGCUUCUCCCGCCCCCAGCACGCAGUCUAAACACACAACCUCAUCCUCAGUCUGCUCACUUCCCUGUGAGUGUAGAGGUCCCAUAGACCUCCAAGGCUUCUGUGUAUGGAAGAAGGCAUUAGAGUGGCCCAAGGAAGUUCUGGGGAGCAGCAAGGGCUCCAGACCCAAGCUAGUUACGGAGCAGCCCUCCCCCAUGCAUCCUUACACACUUCCUUCCUCUAGAACUUUUUUUUUUUCCUUUGGGUUUGGGUUUCUUGUUAAUUCAGUUUCAUGCAAUCAUUAUUUUAAUAUUAUUGAACAUAUGUUGUGGUCUUGACACUAUGGUAGGUGCUGCGUUUGAAGGACUUGGUCCCCAGAGACUGUAGUCCACUUCCCAGUAUCCAGCAACUUCCACCCACCUCCGCCCACCCAUUGGCAGCCCAGUAGCAUCUUCUCAAAGAAUUGAUGGCACAGCUGAAGCCAGGAGGAAAGCCCCUGAGGGCCAGGAGGUGGCCGUGUGGCUCUGAAAGAGGUCUUUGCCCAUGUGGCCAGGUUUGCCUGAGAGGAAAUGGCUCCUUGUUUGGCCAGACCGCCCCUUGGUGCUUUCCUGUUCAGAAGCAGCGACUCAAUCCAGAGGCUGAGGUCAUGUAGCAACUGUUUUAGAUGAGGAUUUCUUUGACCCUUAUUUAAUUCUUUCACCUGGUCCUGGGCUGAAAGGGCAGUGGGGUCUCAGGCAUUUCUUUCAGGUUUCCAGUGUGGUAGAUACAGAAAUUUGAGGAAGGCAGGCUGAGAGGGGAUCUGAGUAGUCUGGUCCUUAGACAGCACCUUUAGUCUCUUCUCAUGCUCCCUCGGGGACCUGAGUGGAGGUGCACCAGGCGGGCCUUCCUGUGCUGCUUUUACAGGAACGGGGGGGGGUUAGAAUCCUCCUGGGGACGAGGUCUCCACACAGCCCAGGUUAGCCACGCCCAGGGCUCUGGUGUAGAGAGGCCCAGGCUAAGCCUCUAGCAUUUGCACCACCAAAGGAACCCCCUACCUGGGACCCUGAAAUGCUGCUUGCUUCAAACGCCCCUGCUUUCUUAACUAAUCAUAACUAACUAAUAUCAUUACUUUGGAGAUAAUGUUAAAUAAAAAAAUCAGACACUUA